CACCCCGGUAAUUCAUUGGACUCUGGAUAAUCUUUGAAGUACCUCCUCAAUUUUUUGUGAACCCAAUUAAUCGAUCUGAUAUUUGGUUCGUAUGUUAUAACAUCUUGGCACAGGUUGAGUAACAAGAUGGGGCUUGAAGCUGCUGUGGAAGCAGCAGCAGCAUUUCUUGACAAGGCAGUGAAGCCAGUAAUGGUGCGAGGUCCAAAACUCCGAGUUGCAAAAGCCUAUGAUGCCUUCGUUCAACUGGCAGAUGAUUCUGGUUAUGCUGUGGCGGUGAUGCCAUCGGCAAAACGAAUGUUUCCAGAGCACCACCCUCACUUCAUAGGGACCUACUGGGGUGCCGUUAGCACUGCAUUUUGUGCGGAGACAGGGGAAUCAGCAGAUGCUUACUUGUUUGCGGGGCCCCAUUUUCAACGACUACAGCUCAGUCGGGUACUCCCUCCUCCUCAAGAAGGAGAAGGCAAUCCCCGUGCAGCCUGAUCGGGUGG